UGACAUCGACAGCAAACAAAAGUGUGCGAAGCCAAGCUGAACCUGUGGCCGAGCCAAUCCAGACCAAACGAGCACAAAAAUGGAUGAAUGUAUGGAUGACACAGGAACAGCAAUGGAAUGCAGUGUAGAUACAUUGGAACAACAGAUUUGUGAACAUGCUGGCAUGCCUCCAAGAAAGAUGCCUCGCACCGAUCUCAUCGAGCUGGCUCGUCAAAUCGAAACAGCGGAUGACUUCAUCAAGGCCAAUGUCUCCAACAAGCUGACUGUGAUAGCUGAGCAAGUACAGUUUCUCCAAAAGCAAGCCUACCGUAUCCUUGAGGAGGCUCAGCUCAACACCAGGCUUCACCACGCUGCGUGUAACUUCAAGAAAGUACCUGGAUCAGUGUACUACCUCUACAAAAGACCGAAUGGUCAAGAGUACUUUAGCAUGAUCAAGCCUGAGGAGUGGGGUCCCCAGUGCCCACACGAGUUCCUAGGGGGAUACAGACUAGAGUCUGACUUCACUUGGACACCCACCGAGGCCAUCGAGAAGAAAAAUCGGCAACUGGACGCCAUCAGCCGCAUUUCCCAGUUUUCAUGCUGGAAGCAAGAGCCCAUGGCUAUCGCAGACGCAUUUGUGCAAAAGUAGACAGCACCCUCUCCAAGCACUGAUUACGCGGGUCAUACUUAAUGUGAAACCUGUGGUUCACUGAAAUUUUGAAAUAUGUUUUUGAGACUAGCUAAAAUCCAGUGAUUUUGAACUGCUAAGUGCAUUCAUUGUGCACAACCAGCUGCUAAGGUGCUGUAUAAACACCUGAAUGACAAAUCAAUAAAUGUGCAUUGUGCUUUGAGUUGC